CUGACAGCAUGUAAACAAAAAUGUUACAUAAACUUUUAUGAAACGAUUACAUUGAAAAUGGACAGCGAAGCUGAAAUAAAAUCUAUUUUAAAUGACUACAUGAAUGGAGAUCUAUCAGCAGACGAAUGUUUCUGCAUGGUGUUAUCGCUCGUUGGGUAUGAUGCUUUGAAAUUGACGUUUCUUGGACACAUCGCAUGGCUGAAAAGUGUCAACACACGUUUAUAUUCCCAGCUGCUCAACGUUUACAUGGGGUAUUUUGAAUCACAAGAUGACAAUUUCAGGCUUCCAGACAAGUUAGACUGUGCUGUUGAGAAUGGGUUUUAUGAGAAUGACAGUUCUGAAGCAUUAUGUGGGCCACAGUAUUCGGAUGGAUAUGGCGACCAACCUGAAGAUUUUGAGGAGACCGGUUAUGAGCUAGACCUUGAACUUGCUCUGAAACUCUCUCUUGAAACAGCAAACAACAGCCCAUCUUAUGCUGACAUUGCAAAUGCUAGUUCUAAAGUUGAUAGGUCAGUGCCCUCAAAUGGUAUAGUGUCAAAUAUUAAGAAACAUGUUCCGCCAAGUAAAGCUACUGGCAAUGCAACUGUCACAGUUUCAGAGGUGAAUAAUAAAGAAGCAGAAAAUCAAUUUCAUCAAGAAGAUCCAUCUGCUGGUGAUGGGAAGAAGAAAAAAAGAAAUAGAAAGAAACAAAAGAACAAGAUCGAGCAUCCGUUAUCAAACCCUCCUGUUAUCUACUGGUUCCGAAGAGAUUUGAGAGUAUAUGACAAUCCUGCCCUUGUAGCAGUUUCGCAAACUGGAGCUCCAGUGAUUCCAGUUUUCCUCUGGUCAGACACUGAAGAAGGACCAACUUCUGCUCUAGCUACAGGAGGUGCUACUAAGUACUGGCUGCAUAUGGCACUCCCCACCUUAAACAGAGAUAUGAAGGAUAAAUACAACAACCCUAUCAUAUUUAGAAGGUCUUCAAAUUAUUUGUCUGACAUGGUAGAGAUUGUAAAAACUACAGGUGCAAAGACUAUAAUCAUGAAUGAUGUCUAUGAGCCCUUCUUGAAAGAGAGAGAUGAUAAAAUCUGUAAGGAGUUGACCCGAAAAGGUGUGAAGUGUGAAAGAUAUCAUUCAUACCUUUUACAUCAGCCUGGUUCCAUAAGAACUGAAUGCUUGUGCAUGAGAGGUAUGGGGUCUGUGACACAUUUCAUGGAAUUGUGCCGCCUGUCAUCUUCAGAACCACUGGGUUUUCCAGUGGACCCCCCUGGUUGCCUUCCAGCUGGAAGUUCCAGACCUUUGUCACAUGAAUUCAAUGAUCUCCAGUUAGGAAAGCUGCCAAGAAGAAAAGAUGGCUCCAUGAUUGACUGGGCGAGAGUUAUCCGGGAGAGCUGGGAUUUUUCUGAGAAUGGAGCAUGGGAGGCCCUGCAACUCUUCCUUAGUGAUGCGGUAAAGAAGUAUGAGAAAGAGUCCUCAAGAGGGGACCAGCUCAACACAUGCCGUAUCUCUCCGUAUCUGCACUUUGGUCAGAUCAGCCCGCGUACCAUUCUCAGUGAGGGACGUCACGUAAAAUCACCAAAAUUCCUCCGCAAACUAGCCUGGCGUGACUUAUCUUACUGGCUGCUGUCAGUGUUUCCAGAUCUGCCACAUGCACCGACAAGACCUCAGUACCAGCACCAAAGAUGGAGUGGGAAUAAGGCCCAUCUCAAAGCCUGGCAGAAGGGUUACACAGGCUAUCCCCUAGUUGACGCUGCCAUGAGACAACUAUGGCUGACAGGCUGGAUGAACAACUACAUGAGACACGUGGUCGCCAGCUUCCUCAUUUCAUACCUACACAUUACUUGGGUGGAAGGAUACCUCUGGUUUCAGGACACCUUGCUAGAUGCUGAUGUCGCAAUCAAUGCAAUGAUGUGGCAAAAUGGAGGUAUGAGUGGCCUCGACCAAUGGAAUUUUGUUAUGCACCCUGUCGACGCUGCAAUGACCUGUGACCCCAAGGGAGAUUAUGUGAGAAAAUGGGUGCCAGAGUUGUCGAACAUGCCGGAAGAGUUUGUUCAUAAGCCAUGGAAGUGUCCACCAUCGAUAUUGAGGAGGGCUGGUGUUGAGAUGGGUGUGACCUACCCGCACAGAAUCAUCACAGAUCUUGAAGAAGCUAGGGAACAGUCAUUACGAGAUGUCGUAGAUGUUCGUAAGCGCUUCCCCUAUCUCAUUGACCAAAACACCGGCAAUGAUCUCGUAAAACUACCAAAGGGUGUCGUAAUUCCGGUUAUCACGCGACGAGAGUUUAAAUACAAGACAAGAAAUCCCGAUUCCCGAGAUAACCCUCACAAUGCCGUUUUGAAGGGUUAUCGGAGUCGAAAACGUGAUGAGCUCGUUGAUUAUCUAAACGAGCGUGACUUUAUGGCAAGUACAAUGAAAGAAUGUACAGGAAGACAUGAAAAGGGAGGUAAUCCAAACAAUCCUAUUGUGUUCUGAGCAAUGAGUCACCUCAUUGUUCAUUUUGUGUAGUUUAUGAUCAAUUUAUCAUGAUCAUUGUUUGAAAAUAUUUGUUUUAUGGUUAUUGCCCUCUAUUGUUAAUAAGGCUGCUGAUCUUAUAAAUAGUACAAAAAACUCUUCUCAGGAAAAUGUAAAGACAUCUUUUGUGUUUGAGCUUAUUGUACAAUUCACAGGCGACAUAUACACUGUACAUGUAAUAUAAACUUCUUCUGUUUAUUUAUGCAAUAAUUUUACAAACAUAAUUCUACUGAAAUGCAUGUUACGUUUAUCACCAAAUUCAUAUUUUUUUAACAUUUUAACUUGCCUGUUUUUCAAACCCAAAAAAGGCAUGGUAUUGUCAAAGCAUUGGUGACACUUGUGUAGUCAUUGACCGGAUUGUUAUUGGACAUUGUUAAAGUUAACAACGAGAUGUUAAAGUUAACAACGAGAUUAACAACAUUGCUGUUAACUUUCAAAACGUGAAAUAUUAUAAUAAUGUGGGCUCACAUAAAUAUAAAUGAGUACAGCUGAAACGUUGUUUACUUUGAAAUGUUCUGAAAAAUCAGCCCAUUGUUGUAACGCAAUAAACAUUAAACUUGGCCAUAAAUCAUAAACAGAAAUUCAAGUUAAUCAAAUGAAACUUGGUACACAUGUUACAGGAGUCUGUAUACAAACGUAUAUGAGGGUCUCAGUCUAAAAUAAUUGUUGUUUUAUAUCCCUUGUUUGACUGCAACACAACAACAGAUCAGCGUUGGCAUUCCCUCCUCGAUGUUUAUGCAAUGAUUCUUUAUGGUACAUUUUUCAGAGUCCUUAAAUUGAUUUGUCUUUCUUCAGAAUGUUUUAUUUUAUUAUGUUCACCAUCCUACCUCCUUUACCUAUUUUUACACCUUGUAUUUUAUAUGAUUAAAUUCACUUGUUUAGA